CCGUGGAGCGCCUGGAUGCCCGAACACAUCACUGCCUUUGAAGGCACCUGUGUGGUUAUCCCCUGUCGCUUCAACUACCCGGAAGAGCUACGUCCAGCAACCAUCCAUGGCAUCUGGUACUUCAACAGCCCAUACCCCAAGAAUUAUCCCCCAGUGGUUUAUAAAUCCCGCACCAACAUUGUCCAUGAGAGCUACGCUGGACGCAGUAGACUGCUGGGAGAGCUAAAUUUCCGCAACUGCACCCUGCAGAUCUCCCGUCUCAACCCUGAAUUCACAGGGAAGUAUUACUUUCGGGGAGACCUCGGUGGCUACAAUCAAUAUACCUAUCCAGAGCACUGCAACCUUGAGGUCAUCAACAAGCCCACAAUUGUGAAUCCUCCAGAAGUGGUGGAGGGUUCAGAAGUAGAGCUGCGCUGUGAGGUGCCUGACAAUUGUCCAGACAUGAAACCUGUCAUCACGUGGAUGAACUAUGAGAAUUUGGCUGAACAUUCAGUCUAUGCACAAAUAGAGGAAGAAGGUGGCAUUUGGUCACUCAUCUCCAUCCUUAAGUUCCUACCAGUGCGUGAGAACCACGGCCAUGAGGUGGGCUGCAAAGUCAGCUACCCCAACACCACUUUUGAGUUUGAGGGCUUCUCGACACUGGAUGUCAAAUAUCCACCCCGUAUCCUGCAAGUGAACUCCUCCGUGGAAGUCAUACACGGUUCUCACGUGUUCUUGAUGUGUAUUGUGGACAGCAGCCCCAUAGCCAUGAUUACCUGGCUCCGAGAAGACGAAAUUCUCCACGAGGACUUAGCUGGGAACCUCACGCUCUACCUCGACAAUGUAACACACCUGCAGGACGGCAUCUACACUUGUGUGGCAGAGAACAUUUAUGGCAAAGACAACCACUCCCUUGCCGUGUCUGUGCUGUAUGCUCCGUGGAAACCAGUAGUCAAUGUAUCAGUGGUGGCCAUUGAGGGAGAGCCUGUAACUAUUUUCUGCAGCUCGCAGAGCAGCCCUGAGCCAACGAUCACCAUCUUCAAGGACAAGAAGGCAUUAGCCAUGGGGAUCUACCAAAACCACGUGGAGUUGGAGUUUGAAUCCGUGUCACACGAAGAUGAUGGUGAAUACUGGUGCACAGCAGAGAACCAGUUUGGCCAGAGCAGCACUGCUUUCAAUCUCACCGUUGAAUUUGCUCCACGUAUUCUUCUGGACUCCAAGUGCACUGCCGCUCGGGAUACAGUGAAAUGCAUCUGUGCAGCCAAGGCCAACCCAGAAGCUAUGAUCACCUUUGAGUUGCCCACUCGCAAUGUGACGGUCAAUGAGACUGACCGGGAGUUUGUGUACUCCCAGAAAACAGGCUACAUUGUCACCAGCAUCCUGACUGUUCAGAGGGAGGUGGACUCUCAGCUCUACAUAGUCUGCUCUGCCAGGAAUCUCUACGGCACCAAGAACCAGCAGCUCCAGUUCCAUCACUCCAACAGUCUGAUGUGGGCAAAGGUUGGACCAGUGGGAGCGGUUGUGGCCUUUGCCAUACUCAUAGCUGUGGUCUGCUAUGUCAGCCAGGCCAGAAAAAAAAAAAACAAUGAAAAUCCUGGCUUUGGGCAAACAGAAAACCCUCCUGUUGUGUACAGCGGAGACUACAGGACUCCAGGCAAUCUGGAAAAAUCAGAGUAUGGGCGCUGUGACAAACGGCUGUUGAACAAGCGUGAGGACCUGGGGAUUGAUUAUGCCAACAUAGACUUCACCAAAUUGUCCACCAAGGACAAGUACACCCUGACGGAGGAGUUGGCUGAAUAUGCUGAAAUCCGAGUCAAGUGA